AUGUCAGCAACUACAGUCGCCGUUGAAUAUAAGCUUGUCGUAAUGGGAGGUGGUGGUGUUGGUAAAUCCGCACUUACCAUUCAAUUCAUUCAAAAUCAUUUCAUUGAAGAGUACGAUCCAACCAUUGAAGAUUCGUACCGUAGACAAUGUCAAGUCGAUGAAGACACUUGUUUGUUGGAUAUUUUAGAUACUGCUGGUCAAGAUGAUUAUUCUGCCAUGCGUGAUCAAUACAUGAGAACUGGACAAGGUUUUCUUUGUGUUUAUGAUGUUACCUCUAGAACAUCAUUUGAAGAAAUCAAUGUAGUUAGAGAUCAAAUUAUUAGAGUAAAGGAUAACGACCGUGUACCAAUUGUUUUGGUUGGCAACAAGUGUGAUCUUGACAAUAGAGAAGUGACCACGGGCGAGGGUGAAGAGUUGGCAAAGAGUUUUGGUUGUCCAUUUUUAGAGACCUCUGCCAAGAAGCGUCUCAAUGUCGAUGAAUGCUUCUUUGACGUUGUCAGAGAGAUCAAAAAGUCACUCAAGGAGCCAGGAAGAGUCAAAAAGGAAAAGAAGGGUUUAAACUCCUACCUUAAAAAAGUUAAAGGUGGAGAUUGCAUCAUUUUAUAA